AGACCCAAACCCGGGACGUGCGUCAUCUGGGACCCGCUCCUAGGCAAGUCACGUUGCUUGCACCUCGUUCUCACCUUGAGGAAAGCCCCGGGAAAAGCGCUUUUUAUUUUUUUUAGGAGCUAGAGCGUAGCUUGAGAUCGCGGAACCCAAAAUGGCCGCCAUGAUCUCGGAUUAAAAAAUGGGAUGCACUUGGCAGUUAUGGAGCAGGAGUUCAAUGAAUGGAUGCUCCUCAGGGAACACCUGUGCAAUGCAGGAUGGAGACCAAACAGCUCUUGUUUGUUCUCUGAGAUCUGGUUUCCAAAGUAAGGAAGGACCUGUCUCCAGCUCAGCGCCCUAGGAAGACAGGAUGUUUCUGUGCCUAUGCCUCAAUUUGAAAGUCAAAUAUUCUUUCCUUUCCUUUCGCAUAAUCUUGUGGACAAGGCUGUUGCCUCAGGUGGAAUCCUGACCAAAACUAGGUCCUUCUCUUCAUCAUUCAGACACACCUAGGCUUUAAGUCUCCCAAGCAAGGACAUAAUUUCCCAGAAGUUGACUUUCGCAGCCUAGCACCUCGGCACUUUUUGGGCGCUUGGAACCUGCCUGGGUUUGAAGAAACCCCUUUUGCAUCGCUAUGAAGCUUUUCUUGUCGGCUAUCCUUCUAGGGGUCGCCAUGGCAUCGCUCCUGUCCUCAGACCGCGAAUACUUCCUCAUCCAGGACCCGCAAACCAUGCUCGGAGCCCAUUGCUACUGCCUUCGACAGGGCACCCGGCUGGCAGGUUUCCGGGAUGACAGGGAUAUGGAGCAGGCUGCCUCCCUCUGCCCCAAUUGCUCGUUCUGGAUCGGGCUGUACCGCCAGGGCCUCUCCUGGGUCUGGCUUAAUGGUGACCCCUAUAAGUUUACGCAGUGGAGCCCAGCAUCCAGGACUUCGGAGAGCUGUGCGGUUAUGAACGAGAGCCUGUGGUAUCAAGAGAAAUGCCUCCAGAAGCAUCCUUUUGUGUGCUGUAAAGGGCCUACAGGUGCUCUUCCUUUUCUUCUCCAACUCCUGCUAAACUGCCGCUCCAUACCUGACCAGAAGGACGUGUUGACUCCUGCCCCGCAGUCGACCAUCGCUGUGACUUCCCCUCCCACAGCAAGUGGUGCAGCUUCAGAUUCCUGGAUACCUGUGACAAGUAAACGGUUCUCAGCCGGAUCCAGCGAUGGGUACGACCCUGCAACUACUGAUGGAAACGAGCUCCCUUUUCCCACUGCAGUUCAGGAUCUCUCCUCAACCCAACACAGGCCUGAGCAAGAGACCAGAAACACAGAGCUGGCAACUUUCUCUGCUUCCGAUUUAACAAAAGCGGGACCCCUGCUGGAUCAGAGCCCUGUCAUCAUUCAGGACAACCGCACCUGGUUCGAAGCUCUGUCUGCCUGCCAUGCCAGAGGCCAGAUCCUGGCCGGGAGGGUCGUGCUCCAGCCGGGUCUGAAGGCUUGGCUGGGGCUGCACCGCCACGGGCUGUGGGGCUACUGGGUUUGGGCCAAUGGGAGCGCCGUGGAGGAGCCUCAGAGCUGGCGGGAAGGGGAACCGAGCGAUCCCCUAUGGGGAAACUGUGGGGCAGGGACAGGCACGGAGGAAGGAGUCCUGUGGGAAGACGAGUGUUGCGAGCAGGAGUUGUACUAUGUGUGUGAAUAGCACUCCGAAGGCCAAACGAUGCAUGGCGUGACAGCAGGGAUAGCUUAGCCGGUGGAGACACUCAAUCUCAAGCCGGUGGAGAUACUCAAUCGUCCCUUUCGACUGUGAUUAAUUGUGUUGAUUGAUGGAUUGAGCCCAUCGCUUCCCAUUAAAAGGGUUUCAUUGUAAAGACAUAGACAGUAAACAAAAUAAACGUGUAAAAAAACCCCACCUCCGAUUCCUUGUAUGAAGACAAGUGCAUGUAAAAAUCUCCCCAAAGUAAUACAUGUAUAAAAAUA